AUGGCCACCUCCAUUCGAUCCAUCCGCGCCCUCGCCCCCCUCCUGGACCGCGUGUUGGUCCAGCGCGUCAAGGCCGAGACCAAGACCGCCAGCGGCAUCUUCCUGCCCGAGUCGAGCGUCGAGAAGCUCAACGAGGCCAAGGUCCUGGCCGUCGGCCCCGGCCUCCUCGACAAGAAGGGCAACCGCCUGCCCAUGGGCGUCGCCGUCGGCGAUCGUGUCCUCAUCCCUCAGUUCGGUGGUUCCCCCGUUAAGGCCGGUGAGGAGGAGUACCAGCUCUUCCGUGACAGCGAGAUUCUGGCCAAGAUCAACGAAUAA